AAAGCACAAAGCUAGAGUACCUUACCUGGGUAGGUACCCAGUCGAGCCAGCCAGGUACCAACUGUGUGCAGUGUAGCACUCGGACUGGGGGGGUUGUUAUCGUUUCCAAAGAUUGCUUCUGGUGGUCCGAAGACAAGUUUGCCCCCAAGUUUGUCUCGACUUGCUUGCUUUUUCCUCUGACCUUGGUGGUUAAUGGUGCCAAUUGCACCCGCCGUCAAGCUCGAUUUUCUCACCUCUAGCCUGACUUAUACAUACGCCACACCCAUUGUUUGCACAUUAGCGGUAUGCUAGUGUGUUCUAUUCCCGAGGGUCGCCCGGAGCCCGAGCAAGCUCACAACCGCCUCAACAGUGCGGUGGAACCUACUGGAGCGCAGGUUUGGAGGGCCUUACGUAUUCGCAGGUGCCCUCUGGGCCGGGCUGAUCCCGGUAUCAGGGGGGCACUGGGUUUCCGGCACUCGUCCCCCUUGGUUAAACGGCUUUUCUGCAAGCGAUCUUGUGAUGAUCUCCGGUUUUGCUUUCUUGUUCUGUCGUUUCCAGCCUGGCGGGUCUUCUUCUCUCUUAUUACCCGGGGUCGUCACUGCUAUACUCCGGAGGACGAAGGGCAUUUCCCACAUAUUUGCGUAUACCAAUACCAUGGCAGCACAGCGGCACAGCUUCCUUUGCCCAACCAGCCCCUGAACCUCAUCAGCGCAACAUCACAGCCGGGUCGCAAGCAGGGCUCACGCCCAGCAUCACCGCUGUGGCAUAACUCUGCCGAUGAACAUGUUGCAACUUGCAACGCCCUACCUGCCCACAUCCCGUGCCCUUGUCGCCGCUCUUAUAAUUGCCGUCUCCGUAUUCCACUGCCGCCACCGCGUAUAGGUACGACCCUAUCCGUACAUAGUCUCGACUCCCUGCCGACUCGCCAGAUCCUUCGUCUCCGUGCUGCCCAUCUUCCCUUUCCGGCCGUAUGAGCAACAGCGGCUGGACCCGAUUGGCACGGCCCCCAAGCAGCAACACAGGCGUGGCAUCAUGUUCGACUACGUCGAGUUUCCGGUACUGCCCGUCGUACGGACGCACCUCAUCAUCAACAGCGUCCUGGCCGGCUUGACCGUGCUGGUUGUGGCUCUGCGGCUCG